AUGACUGAGUCCUUCUACUACUCCAAAUGUAGCAUUCUUGUGCCUCCAUUUUCUUCAUUCCUCACAUCUAGUCUGGAACCUGCUGCCCUGGAUCCUCAGUUUCGGGCUCUCUCACUGGCUGCUGCUAUCAAGGUGCUGGCUGGGUGGCAGUCAUCUGAAGGCCUGACAGAGGCAGAUCUCUGUAUCCAUUCUAAAGACGGGUUUUCUCCCGCUACCCCCCCCCCCCCCACCCGCCCCCUUAUUGAUUCUCUUGAAACAUCUGGGGUGAGGAAACUCCUCGGCAUUGCUCAAGCAGAAGAAGCAGAGCUGAAAGCCGCACUGAUCAUCCAGAACUGGUACCGAGGGCACAGCGCUCGGUUGAAGGUCAGACAACGCUAUGCACUCUCCAUCUUCCAGUCCAUCGAAUACGCUGACGAACAAUGCCAAUUGCAGCUAUCCAACUUCUUUUCCUUCAUGUUGGAAAACUGUACAAAUUUAAAUGAGAAUGAUCCAGUGUUGAUCACUCGCCUAUACAGAACCCUCAAGCAAAACAGGGAUAGAGAGGAAUUUGUGGAGUUGAUCGAAGUCCCGCUGUCCUAUACUGGUCCUCGGCUCCAAUUUCCUCUUACUUUUAAUGAUCUUGAUUUACUUCUUGAUGCCUUCAAGCAGCAACAGAUACUUCAUGCUAAUUAUGUCUUAGCCGUGCUAUACGAAACCAAGAAAGUGCUGAAGCAAAUGCCAAAUUUCACUCCUAUAAAAACUUCACCCUCCAAAGAGGUAACCAUCUGUGGUGAUUUGCAUGGGAAACUUGAUGAUCUGUUUUUGAUCUUCUAUAAGAAUGGUCUCCCUUCAGGAAGCAACCCAUACGUUUUUAAUGGUGACUUUGUAGACCGAGGAAGAAAUUCUAUGGAGGUCCUCAUGAUCCUCUUUGUGAGUUUUCUUGUUUACCCCAAUGCCGUGCACCUGAACAGAGGGAACCAUGAAGAUUUUAUGAUGAAUAUGAGGUAUGGCUUCACAAAAGAGGUUUUGUUCAAAUACAAGUUACAUGGGAAAAAAAUUCUUGACAUGCUGGAAGACGUCUAUACUUGGCUCCCUAUUGGCUCCAUCAUUGACAAUGAAAUCUUGGUCAUACAUGGUGGAAUAUCAGAGUCCACGGACAUGAAUUUACUCCACCAGUUAGAAAGAAACAAAAUGAAAUCUGUGUUGAUGCCGCCAGUUCCAAUUGAUCAAGAGUAUUUAGAGCCAAGGGCAAUUGAAGGAAGUACAGCCACUUCAGCGGAAGAGAAUGACAUAAACGAAUCCUUUACUGAACAGCAGCAGCUAACAAAGCAUGAAUGGGAACAGGUUAUUGAUAUUCUGUGGAGUGAUCCCAGGGGCAAGAGAGGCUGCUACCCAAACACAAGUAGAGGAGGCGGCUGCUAUUUUGGACCAGAUAUUACCUCCAAGGUUCUCAGUAAAUUCCAGUUGAAGAUGCUCAUUCGAUCUCAUGAAUGUAAGCCUGAAGGGUUUGAAUUCUGCCAUGAAGGGAAGGUUAUUACUGUAUUUUCGGCCUCUAAUUACUAUGAAGAAGGCAGCAAUCGGGGAGCUUACAUCAGAGUGGGUGCUGGUUUGGCCCCUCGAAUUAUCCAAUACCAAGUAACUAGGUCAACAAUUGCAAGACCUCUUUACCAAAGGGUGAGUAUUAUUGAAAGCAGUGCUGUGAGGAUACUAAAGGAGAAAAUGGUUGCACGAAAAACUGACCUUGUUCGUGCUUUACAACUUCAAGACCGCUAUAGAUCAGGCAAAGUUACCUUGAGCCAGUGGGCUUUUUCUCUGGAAAACGUUUUGGGACUGAACUUGCCCUGGAGAACCCUGAGUUCGCAUCUGGUGAAAACAGACGAAAAUGGCAAUGUUGAGUACAUGUCCACCUUCGAGGAUUUAUGCAUUCAGAAACCCAUCAAGGAGGUUCAGUCUUCCAUAGUUGAGACUCUGUACAGAUACCGAUCUGACCUGCAAAUCAUCUUUAAUGUCAUGGAUACUGACAACUCAGGUCUGAUAUCCAUAGAAGAAUUUCGUGCCACCUGGAAACUAUUCAACAGUCACUACAGUAUUCAAAUUGAUGAUUCUGAAAUUGAUGCACUUGCUGCAAAAAUGGACUUAAAUAGAGAUGGAAGCAUUGACUUUAAUGAGCUUUUAAAGGCUUUCUAUGUAGUGCAUAAAUUUGAUAAUGCAAGCAAAUCAACCACCUCAACAGAGGACAGUGAAUAA